ACUUUCCUCACAGACGCAUAACAAAACCAGCUUUGAAGAAGAACAGCCUUCAGGAUUCUGAUUUCAAUCGGAUUUAGCUUCUAAAAUCUCAGAGAGCAAUUAUGGAAGAUUCAUCCUCUCAAUCCUUCUUCAGGAAGCAUUGGGAAGGCUACAAGGAAUUUUGGUCCGAGAGGUUCUCCAUCAUCGACAACUAUUCUCCCUACAUCCAGCGCCAAACCCGUCUUCCUCCCUGGUCUUCCUCCGAUGUCGAGGAAUUCAUUGCUUCCGACCCCGUUCAUGGCCCUGCUUUGAAGACUGCUCGAGAAGCUGUAAAUUUUGGUCUUACAGGAAGUGUUGUUGGAGCUGUAUCAACUGCAGGUGUUGCAUGGAAAUACUCAAGAAGUUUACAUGGUGCUGGGCUGUCGUUCCUGGCAGGAGCUGCAUUCGGUUGGACCUUCGGCCAUGAGAUUGCAAAUCAUUGGUAUCAACUCUAUAGGUUGGACACCAUGGGUGCACAAGUUAAGUUUAUGGAGUGGUGGAGAAACAAGAGUGAGGGAGGUUUUUAAAACUCUGAUUUUGCAGUCGAAGCAGCAGCACACACUGCAGCUGCCAUCUGAAAUAAAAAUGUAAGUGCAACUUUGUUGAAAUACAAUGGUUGAUUGGUUUGUUUUGUGGUGAACUCUUCCGACCUCCCAAGUUUAGGAAUGGACUAUAUACUUUUUUAUCUUCUGGAAAUGACAUUCAUUUGCAGUCAUCUUUACCAAAUACCUCCUAUCCUGGGUGUGUGUUAGGGUCUAAAGCAUGUCCAAAAUGGUAACACUCGUCUUCUUGAAAGAAUAUUUGCCAAAUUAUAUAUAUAUAUGUAAAUAACCCUGAACUAGGCUCUUGUAAAAAGGGUCCUAUUCUUUUAAA